AGCCACCCAGGUAGCAGCAUGGUCAAAUCAAAUACUUGGCUUCUGCUCUUGGCCAUGCUCUGUCUAAUCAACUUUGUCGCCAAAGCGGAUGAGACUGCUCAGAAUGGACGUGGACGUGGACGCGUUGGCCGCCAUCUCUCCACAACACCUUUGAGUCACACAGCGACUGAGUCCCCGGACACUGCGACGGAGUCAGCGACAGUCACAGAGUUAGCGCCAACAGAAUCCGCCACGGAACUGGCACAGGAAGACUGGCAGCCUGUGGUGAAUGCCACACAGAUGACGAUGCCGACGCCGCUCAGGAAGCAGAUGGAUGAAAGAGCCGGCAGCGAUUCGGUGCUGCUGCGUUUGGCCCGUCGCUUCACCAGCGGCAACGAGCUGUGGAAUGGCAUCAUUCGCGAUUGCUAUCUCCGGCCAGACAUCUCGUGUUUUCAAAAGAACGUUUUCAGCUAUCUAAAUGACGCCCUCGAUGUGCAGGAUGUGAAUGUGACACAGCGCCUCAAGUUCUUUAAGAAUCAAGUGCAGUACGAGGCGGAUAAGGAGCAGGAGCAGCACAAUGCAAACGAGAUUCCCAAUAGGGCGCGUGCCGCCCCGCCGGCGGAAACCCCCAUCGAGGAAGUGACAACGGCGCUGUAUGGCAAGAGUAUUAAAUUUGCGAUGACCCACGAUCUGGAAGUGGAUUUACCAGAAGUAAUGUUCAAUGGCGCCACAUUUCGCAUCUCGCCGCGUUCCAUCGAAGGAAAUGGAAUCAUUGCCAAGCUGGAGCUAAUACCCAAGCAGGUGGUCAAGGCCCGGCUGGCUGGCAUGAUAAUCCAGAAGAAAAUACAAAAAUUUCUACGCAGUAAAAUUGUGCUGUCAUUCCUGGCAUUGCUGCUAAUCAUCAAAAUCAUCAAGAUCAAGUUAUUCUGGUUGCUUCCGAUCGUCAUUGGCGUUGGUGCGGCAAAGAAGUUGCUCCUGAAAUUCCUGCUGUUCCUGUUCCCGGCAUUGUCGCACCUCUUUAAGUUGUGCUCGCACUACCAGCAAUCGUAUCAUGCACCCCUUAAGUACCACCACCACCAUCACCUAAUUGAUCAUCAUCACACGGUGGUUCCACCAUGGCACAGUGGAGAACACCAGUCGGUGCCUGACAUUAUCUACACUCACCCACCCAAGGGUCAUCCAUCUGCGUAUCUCCAUGGUGCGCCCGUGCACGAGAGCCAUGGACCAGGAUUCGAGCACUUUGAGGGCGCAUGGGAGAACAGCGGCCCGGGACUGGGGUCUGAAUACAUAGGCGAUAUAAAUCGCGCUGCACAAAUAGAGGAUAAUCCGCAUUUAUUUAAGCCGAAUACGGCGAAUGAUGCUGGGGUACUGCAUGCUUGGGGCCUGGGCACCACACAGACGUAUCCUAAACAGCCGCAGAACCAUCCACAGCAGCACCCACAGCAGCAGCAGCAACGUUGGCCUGCCACACAACAGUCCAGGCCACCGACAGCCCAACAGCACAGGCCGCAAUUACAACACCAGCAGCAGCAACAGCAACAGCAGCAGAAAUUUCAACAACAAUUAAACGCCCAGAAAGUACAUGCCUCUAGUCACAGUUUAAAUCCAUUUCAAAGUCAGGAUAAACAAAGCUCAAGGCCAGCUUACACCCAGCCGCAUCCGGUAUACGUUCCAGGACACCAGCAGCCACAGCUAGGACCAGGAUCAGGACCCGGAGCAGGACUGACGGCUGCCGCACAGAUUGCCGCACAAUACGAGCCAGCACGCAACAAUCAGCAGCAGCAGCAGCCACAGCAACAGCACCACCAAAAUUUGCAGGAGCCACAACUUUCGCCCGAACUUGCCGCCCAGCUGAAAGAGGCCAUACGCAUUCAGGCUGAGCAGCGUCUGAUCCAGCAGCAGCAGAAGAUACUCGAGCACCAGCCGUUUGUGCAGGACGGACAGCCGCUGUAUCCGCUCAACUAUGAUCCGUUUUAUAGUCCCAUACUGCUGAAAAUCGAUAAAAUCGUGGAACAACUGGGCGUGAAAAACGACCUGUGCAAGGAGCGCAUUGUGUGCAGCAUGUACAAGGAUCCAGCCACCUAUAGUCCGCACAGCAAUUUCGUUUCCGCUGAGCUCAGUCGCGAUACCAGCGAGCUGGAGCCCGUAACGCAUGCGAAUGAGGCCGUACGUCGCUUCUAUCGGCUCAUCCAGGCGGCGCGAGAUGGCCAGGAUCAAAAGGAUUGCCAGAGUCUCUAUCCACAGUGCACAAUGCCGGCAAAGUGAGGCCAAGGCGUGAGGCGGAACGAGUACCAGUACGAGCAACUUUGAAGUCAAAUUUUCCUUGUUAAAAUGAACUGUAAAUAGG